CGGCGCCCGGGGAGCCGCCCACUUCGCCGGGUCGGGCCCGACGGCCGGAGCUUGGAUGAGGCGGCGCCCGCCGAGCCGGGGCGGACGCGGGGCGGCCCGGGCCGGGGAGACGCGCCGGGAGCCCCGGCACCGCGGUGGCCGCAGGAUGGCAGAGGCUAUUGGCUGUACUCUGGACUGUAGUUGCCAAGGAUUCAAACCUGGGAAAAUAAACCACCGUCAGUGUGAGCAGUGCAGACAUGGAUGGGUGGCUCAUGCUCUAAGUAAGCUGAGGAUCCCCCCUGUGUAUUCAACAAGCCAGGUAGAGAUUGUCCAGUCCAAUGUGGUGUUUGAUAUCAGCAGCCUCAUGCUUUAUGGGACCCAGGCCAUUCCUGUUCGACUAAAAAUCCUCCUGGACCGACUCUUCAGUGUCUUGAAGCAAGAUGAGGUUCUCCAGAUCCUGCAUGCCUUGGACUGGACCCUCCAGGAUUAUAUCCGUGGAUAUGUGCUUCAGGAUGCCUCAGGAAAGGUAUUGGAUCACUGGAGCAUCAUGACCAGUGAGGAGGAAGUGGCCACCUUGCAACAGUUCCUUCGUUUUGGAGAGACCAAGUCCAUAGUUGAACUCAUGGCAAUUCAAGAGAAAGAAGAGCAGUCCAUCAUCAUACCACCUUCCACAGCAAAUGUAGAUAUCAGGGCUUUCAUCGAGAGCUGCAGCCACAGAAGCUCUAGCCUACCCACUCCUGUGGACAAAGGAAGCCCCAGCGGUUUACACCCCUUUGAGAACUUCAUAAGCAAUAUGACUUUCAUGCUGCCUUUCCAGUUCUUCAACCCUCUGCCUCCUGCACUGAUAGGGUCAUUGCCUGGUCAAUAUAUGCUGGAGCAGGGUCAGGACCAACCUCAGGACUCCAAACAGGAAAUCCACGGGCCCUUCCCCAAUAGCAGCUUCUUAACUUCUAAUUCCACACCAUUUCAGGUUGACAAAAGCCAAUGUUUAAACUGUCCAGAAGCUGUUACUAAAAAUGAAGAUAGUACCCAUUUAAGUGAGUCCAGCUCUUACAACAUUGUUGCUAAGUUUGAAAGGACACAAUUAUCCCCUGAGGCCAAAGUGAAGCCUGAGAGGAACAACCUUGGCACAAAAAAGGGCCGGGUAUUCUGCACGGCUUGUGAGAAGACCUUCUAUGACAAAGGUACCCUCAAGAUCCACUACAACGCCGUCCACCUGAAGAUCAAGCACAAGUGCACCAUCGAGGGGUGCAACAUGGUGUUCAGCUCCCUGAGGAGCCGAAAUCGCCACAGUGCCAACCCCAACCCUCGGCUGCACAUGCCCAUGAACAGAAAUAACCGUGACAAAGAUCUCAGGAACAGCCUGCACCUGGCAAACUCUGAGAACUACAAGCACCCAGGUUUUGUGGUGACAUCACCAGACUGCAGGCCUCUCCCCAGCUACCCUGGUUCAGGGGAGGAUUCCAAAGGUCAUUCAGCCUUCCCAAACAUUGUACAGAAUGGUGUGCUUUUUCCCAACCUAAAGACAGUCCAACCAGUCCUUCCUUUCUACCGCAGUCCAGCGACACCUGCUGAGCUGGCAAACACGCCUGGGAUGCUACCUUCUCUCCCUCUGCUGUGCUCUUCCAUCCCAGAACAGCUGGUUUCAAACGAAAUGCCAUUUGAUGUCCUUCCCAAGAAGAAAUCCCGGAAGUCUAGUAUGCCUAUCAAAAUAGAGAAAGGAGAUAUGGAAGUAGUUGAAAAGAGGCACAGGCUCAGCUCAGAUGAAGACAUGCCCCUUCAGGUAGUCAGCGAAGAUGAGCUGGAGGCCUGCAGCCCUCAGUCAGACAAAGCAUCUGAGGAGCAGCACACUCAGUCAGGAAGCCUGGGGAAGCCUGUCCCUGAAGCAGAAAGGCCCUGCUAUCUCCCUUCAGUGCCUGAGUCCAGCGGACCCAUCAGCCGAACCCCUGAACAGACCACACACAGCUCAGAGAGAGAGACUGAACAGAUGGCUGCACUGAUCAUGGUGCCUAGAGAGGUUGAGGAUGGCGGCCAUGAACAUCACUUUGCCCCCGGGAUGGAGCCCCGAGUUCCUUUCUCUGACUACAUGGAACUGCAGCAACGCCUGCUAGCUGGGGGACUCUUCAGUGCUCUGUCCACCAGGGGAAUGACUUUUCCUUGUCUGGAAGAUGCUAAAGAACUGGAGCACAUGGGUCAGCAUGCAUUAGCAAGGCAGAAGGAAGAAAAUCGCUUCCAGUGCGACAUCUGCAAGAAGACCUUUAAAAAUUCCUGCAGUGUAAAAGUGCACCACAAGAACAUACAUGCCAAAGAAAUGCACAUGUGCACAGUGGAGGGCUGCAGGGCCACCUUCCCCUCCCGCAGGAGCAGAGACAGACACAGUUCAAACCUAAACCUUCACCAAAAAGUGUUGAACCAAGAAACACUGGAGAGCAGUGAAGACAAUUACCACGCAGCUUACCUUCUGAAAGACGUGGAUAAGGAGACCUAUCAGGAUGUGGCCUUCACACAGCAAGCUUCCCAGACAUCUGUCAUCUUCAAGGGAACCAGUCGAAUGGGCAACCUGGUUUACCCAAUAACCCAAGUCCACAGUGCCAGCCUGGAGAGCUACAACUCUGGCCCCUUGAGCGAGGGAACCAUCCUGGAUUUGAGUACUACCUCCAGCAUGAAGUCAGAGAGCAGUACCCAUUCCUCUUGGGACUCUGAUGGGGCGAGUGAAGAAGGCACCAUGCUUAUGGAGGACAGUGAUGGGAACUGUGAAGGGCCAAGCCUUGUCCCUGGGGAAGAUGAGUACCCCAUCAGUGUCCUGAUGGAGAAGGCCGACCAGAGCCUUGCUAGCCUGCCUUCUGGGUUGCCCAUAACCUGUCACCUCUGCCAAAAGACAUACAGUAAUAAAGGGACCUUUAGGGCCCACUACAAAACUGUGCACCUCCGCCAGCUCCACAAAUGCAAAGUACCAGGCUGCAACACUAUGUUUUCAUCUGUCCGCAGUCGAAACAGACAUAGCCAGAAUCCCAACCUGCACAAAAGCCUGACAUCUCCAGGUCACCUCCAGUAAUAAGAGGGCAGACCAAAUAUGCUCCACUAAGCCUUUGUCAUGAUUCAGGAAUAAAGUAGUCCAAAGAAAUGUUUCUAACUAAUACUGUUUGAGGCAAACUAGGCAAAAAGUGUUUGAAUUGACUUUAUGGUUUUCUACAGCAGGAUGGGCAAAAAGACAAGCCUUGUGGAAAGUUGACAUUUAGGCAGCCAUUUCUGUUAUUAGUUUUCUUAGCCCAAGAGGUCUUUCACUGACAUAAGGAACACUUGCAGAAAUGCAGAUUGUCAAGGAUUUGUUUACAUGUUCCCUGAGAGAGCAGAUCAAUUGGGCAUAGGCAGGACCUGGCAGCAGCUUCUGCUGAGGCUUGCAAUAUUAAGGGUGUUGGGGAGGAUACUUCCCUAGGGAAGAAGACUCACCACAGGAAAACUACCAAUCCCAAAGACUGCAUUUUCUGUUCCUUUAAAGAGUCUGAAAUUCAGGCUUGAAUUUAGGGAAAUGACUUUUUGAUAACCAUCCUUUCAUUUGGAGUGGAUAAUUGUCUCCCUCUCCACCUCUGGUCAGAGGUCUCAUAUGUUACUCCGGGGAGUUCUCAGAGGAAGUGGGUUGGCCUCUAACAUGUUCCAUGCUAAUGCAUGUGUGGUAACACAUUCAGGAAGGUAGGGGGGAAAUAUCUCAUGCACUUAAAAAUAGUGAUUUUCAAUUUAAUUUAAACUGAUUUUGAUAAUAUUUAAUUUGUGCUUUUGUGUGUAUUUGGUGUGACACAUCAAAUGUAUAGACACAUUACAGUGUCACCCUCUAGAUCUCUGCUUAGAAGGAGAAGUGAUGACUUAAAACUUCAGAAACACCAUUUUUUUUCAUUUGGUUAGCUUCGAAGUCUAUUUGUUAUGAUCCCCUGUGAAAUAAAUGCAAGCAUGAAUCUGGCAGGACCACUUGUAUAUAUUCCCCCAAAGCAUUUAGAGAAGAUGGUUUUGAUGAUGGCUGUGUAUUUUCAGUAUCACUGGAUCCCUCUUCAACCUUUUAUAAAAUAUGUAAGAUUAAGAUGAACUUUCAAGUUUACGUGGUAGGAAGAAAAGUAGGAUAUUAUUGCCAUACUGUAUUUCAUAAUAUUUAACUUAUUCUGAACUAUAUUCCAUGCUGUUAUACACAGUUGCCAUUGUAGGAAGGCCCAAAGUGUUAUCAGCCCCAUAGAACUAGACCAUUUUCUAAAAUUCGGCAUUUACAAUAUCCUACAAGCCUGCAUAGGUAUAAAGAAAUUGAUUUUGUAUUCCAAGUUCAAGUUCACCAUCUUUUAAAGUUAUUGAUGUAAGUAAUAAAAAAAAAAUCCUUAAAGAUAACUAAAGAUUACAAGAGAUAUUAUUCCUCUGGUCUUAAGGUAAAAAAAGCCAAUAACCUAUUACCAGUUACUUCAACUUUUUUUUUCUUUUAAUAAAUGUGAUAACUUAAAACUUGUCUCUGUUUAAAGCAAGCUAAGUCUUUAAACUGUUACCCAACUGUUUAGUAUUCCAGUUUCCCCAAAGAGGAAAAAUUUGUAUACAAAUGUUUUUUAUGAUUUAAUAAAAAUAUAUGAUGCACC